UUCACAACCUCUGAUGAAUGGGGUUUUACAGCUUCCCCAAGAACCGCCCGUGGCCGUGUAUCCAAGCCGCAGAUACAAAGCUCGAUUUAUGUAACUACAAAUAAAUGGCGAAGGAGCAGAUCGGUGGCGACCACUUCUCUCCACCGAUCACGGAGGCCCCAGGCUGCCGCGGGCCCUGCGGAGCGAGACCACCUGUGAGGGCUGCUGAGAUUGGCGGAGGCGAUCAUGUGGGCGGUCACGUGCUGCGACGAGCUCCGUCCAAAAAGAAAAUGGGGUUUGGUGUAAAUCUGGGGGUGUAAUGUUAUCAUAUAUCACGCUACCUCGUAAAACCGACACUGAAAGCUGCCGGACAACAAAUCACAGGUCAAAAUUAUGAGUUCUUCGUAUUAUGUGAACGCGCUUUUUAGCAAAUAUACGGCGGGGGCUUCUCUGUUCCAAAAUGCCGAGCCGACUUCUUGCUCCUUUGCGCCCAACUCGCAGAGAAGCGGCUACGGGGCGGGCGCCGGCGCCUUCCCUUCGACCGUACCGGGCUUGUACAAUGUCAACAGCCCCCUCUAUCAGAGCCCCUUCGCGUCUGGCUACGGCCUAGGUGCCGACGCCUACGGCAACCUGCCCUGCGCCUCCUACGACCAAAACAUCCCGGGGCUCUGCAGUGACCUCGCCAAAGGCGCCUGCGACAAGGCAGACGAAGGCGCGCUGCACGGCCCGGCCGAGGCCAGUUUCCGCAUCUAUCCCUGGAUGCGGUCUUCAGCAGAGAGAGCCAAACCCUUUAGGGCCCCUCACACGCCCCUGUGCCAGGGGCCAUUUAAAGACGGGAUGGGGCCGGACCGAAAGCGGGGCCGCCAGACCUACACGCGCUACCAGACCCUGGAGCUGGAGAAGGAGUUCCACUUCAACCGCUACCUGACGCGGCGCCGCCGCAUCGAGAUCGCCCACGCGCUCUGCCUCACCGAGCGCCAGAUCAAGAUCUGGUUCCAGAACCGCCGCAUGAAGUGGAAGAAGGAGCAUAAGGAUGAGGGUCUGGCCGCUUCCGCUGCCCCCGAGGGCGCCGUGCCCGCCGCCGCUGCAGCCGCCACCGCCACCGCCGCCGACAAGGCCGACGACGAGGAGGACGACGACGAGGCCGACGACGACGAGGAGGAGGAGGAGGAAGAGGAGGAAGAAUGAGGGCCGGAGCCGGGGUUCUGGCUUCACCAGACAGUCGGGAAAUCAUCUUUAGAGACUGAUUUUAUUUACAAAAGUGAAAUAAAUAAAAAGAAAAUGUUAAAAAAAAAAAAAAAAAACCCCAGUCCCCAACCUGCACCCAAUCUACCCCAUUACCCACUCCAUCUCCCAGCUUUUUUGGACUGAGCAGCCACCUAGACUGGGUCCCCUUGGGGAUCCCCUCUGCCUGCGAGGAACCCCCCCCAACAGACACCCCCAACCCCUGGCCGGCCACCUCUGCGCUGGCACGGUUAUACUACCUAGCACAGGCCUCCAGGAGAGGCACCCCCAAACUACCUAUGUGCCCAGCCCCAGAGGGCCUCCACUCCCAGGAAGCCCAGACGUGUCCCAACACUGUCAGACACCCAACAUCUCCCCCAUACCGGCAAGGACUUGACUCUCACUACUACCUACUCGCCCCAAACUACCUAUUUUGUGCUCACUGGCUUGUCUGCUACCUAGUGCCGAACCCUCCCCGCUCCUCGCCAGGCCUCUGCUGCUUCUGGCUAGCAGCCUUUGGGAUCCCUGAGGCUGCGCUGAGAAGGCACUGGGGUCCGGGGACCAGGGCAUUGGCUUCUAUUUAAAUGGAAAAAUAAUAUAUUUAUUCCAAAGCAUUCUAAGUGCUGCAAUCUAGAAGUCCUCCUUCUUUGGCCUGGGCACCCCAUAUUCAGGCCUAUCAGCCCCUAUUUCUGACAGGGAGCAUUCCCAAGCUAGCUGCAGGCCUCUGGGUUCGCUUCUGCUGAGUAGCACUGCAGAGAUGCUCCCAGACUCCCUGCCCCUCCCCUGGCCCCUGUGUGUCCUACUGUCCAGCUAUGUUGAAUAUGUACACCCUGACUUUUCCUACAAUGGCAAAUAUUGUAUAUUUGAACAAGUUUUUUUUUGUCAUUUAUAUAGUCUUGGAGCUCAUUUGUAAGGCAAUGUCCUGACUUGGGAAGGAUGUGUUAAUGGGGUGACUUUGUAGCAUGAUGCUUUGUCUUGGGCUAACUCAGUAGUGGGUGGGGAGGGCUGAUGCCCUCCCCAGUGCCCUUUAUCUCCUGUGUUGUCCUGUGUCCCCCUCACCCCUCUUGGCUCUAGCCUGGGCUUCCAGGAACGGGAAGAUACACUUCCCAUCUUGCCCAGUUAACCGUGUUUUAUGUAACAGAAAAUAAAGAUGCUCGAU